AUGGUAACCAACCUCUUGGCUGCAGAGACAAUGGUCUCCCCGUCUUCCACUUUACCCCCGAAUCCAUUCCAGAGACCCAAUCCAUGGCCUCUCUUCUUAAGACCCAAUAGGAUAAUCUCGAGAAUAUAUACAUGCCUAAGACCUCAACUGUUGUCAAAAUACACGCCAAAAUUCAGAGCACAUGCUCAUUACCUUAGGCAUUCGGAUAGUGUCCGCCAAUGGCUGUGCAAUGGACAGGGAGUAACACCCGAACAAUGGACUACCCUUAAGUCGGAAUGCAUUAAUCCCCGGAUUAAGCAAUUAAUGCCAGAGAAUGGAGUGAAUACGUGGCAAAAGUGCAGCGAAAGAGUAACCGAUUUGUGUGAUGACAGCCAAUGGAUGGACGGCAAGGAUUGCGCCAAAGAGAUGCUUUCGGAACAAGAAGUUGGGGAAAUGCAUGACUGGUACAGGAGUCGGGUCAUACAAAUGAGAAAUAAUUUGCAAAUAAUCAAAAGUUGUUAUCAACAGCAACGGAAAAAUGUCAAAAAUCCUUAGGAAACCCACUUUUGCCAUACACUCAUAACUCCACUCGUAUUUUCAAGAUUUAAUUUCGGUUUAUAUUUUACUACAUUUUAUUGCUUUUCUCUGAAAGAAAUUUCAAUAUUUUGUUUACUAUUGACUAAACCCUUAAGCCCUUUAUAUUAUGCUUAGAUUUAGCGCUUUUAAACUCAUUGUAAUCCAAGAAUCCGUCAUUAUUUGUAUCGUCAGUCCGUAACAACAUAU